AUGAGUUCGAGUUAUUUCUUUGGAUCACAAGACGAGUCCCCUUUAAAAAAUGAAGAGAGUGAUAUUUGGACCAGUUUUAUGGGAAGGGAUAGUUGGAUCCCGCUUGUUACAGUGAUGAUAGCUUUUAUUCUGGUUGUUGGAGUAUUCUCCUAUAUAAUGACGGCUUUGAUAAAUAAGAUUAGAAAUAAAUGGGGAAGAGCAAUGUCCGAUUGGAUAAAGGAUAAAGUUCUGAAAAUCAUUACUUAUCUCUUUAGUUUGAUGUGGAUUGCUACAAUCUUUGUAGGAUUUGUUUGGCCUACCAUCGAUUCUGUUGUCAACAAAGGGGAAAGUAUUGAUGUGAUGGACAAGACUAAAGAAAUGUAUGCUUACUUGAGUUCUGAAGAGUUCAGAAGUGGUCUGUUUGACCUUUUAGUCAAUGAUAUUGGAUUUGCUUUGUUGUUUUGUCUUGCUAUCCUCAUCCUUUACAGAUUCUUUAGUAUUUUGAUAACAACGCUUGUUAUGGGAAUAUCAGCAGUUGUUGGUGGAAGCACUAUAUGGAGUAUUGUGACUAGCUCACAGGAACUUACCUGGGAAUCAAUAGCAUUUAUAGUGCUUAUAGUCAUAUUCUUUAUACUUGUGUUGACCAUAUUCAGUUAUAAGAUUACACCUAUUCUUAGUAGUGUUUCAGCUGGGUCUUCACUGGUGAUUAAUCAUCUACACUACAUUCUACCAGUCGUAUUGUGUGCCACGGCCAUUUUUGGAGUACAGCUAAGCAUCAUACUUUCUCUUAUAUCAAGUAUCGAAAGCCAUAAGGUACUUAUUCUUCCAUUAAUUUUCCUAUUAUCAUGGUCUUGGGGCUCAUUGAUUUAUUUUGUUAAAGUAUAUACGGCAUCGAUACUUGAAAUUUCAAGAAGUAAGACACUUUCCAAGAAAGAUGAUCAAUCCAGCAUAUUCAUUAGUGCUCUGAAAAGAACAUUUAGUGCUUUGAAGUUCAUUUUAUACUUCUCAUUCUUCCCAGCAUUACUGGAUCUUCUAAUAUUCAUAUUAGAUAACAUUACCAGGCCAUACAAGAGCGCCAAGAGAAUAAUUCCACACACUCACUAUAUUGCCAAGGGCAUAUUCAAAAUUGUUGAGAUACCAAUGGAUUGGAUUAUUGUUCCAGUACUUAAUUUUCUAAGAUUUGUUCUAUCACAAAUCAAAAAGGCUAUUGAAUAUGAUAAUGAGUUUUCACUCGUUUAUAUCGGCAUGUAUUUUAAUGAAUCCAUGUCCGUUAGUCUUACUUUUAGGAAACUGAGAAUAACCAGCGUGAAAGGCUUCCUGUCCCUGUUGGUAGGUUCAGUCUUUAGGCAUAUAUUCCAUUUUGGACCAGUGAUGAUAUUCACCAUUAUAUCAAUAGUACUUAAAGGCCGAGCCACUCUUAUUGCUCUUUUGAGUGGUGAUCUAGGAAUUUUGAAAAACUUCGUCGGCUCAGUUUUUGGUCCACUGACAGAUAUAUUUGGAUUUAUGAAUAUUGGUGGUAAUAGUGCGCUAACUGCCUAUGCUAUGAGUGUGUUUGUAAUUGUACUAAUGAUGGGAUGUAUAUUUAGUGCAUUGAUAUUUAAUGAGUUCGUUAAGAAAGAAGAACAAAAGAAGAACACGAGUGGUAAUGGUAUGAUAAAUGACCGCAAGAAAGAUAUCAACAAUAAACCUUCCGAAUAUACUGUUUCUAUUGGACCAAGUAGUCAAGAUAAAGGCAACAAAUCUAUCAAAACACCAGUAGGAGGUCAUAACAACGCACGUGGUAAAUCAGGUAUACUAAAGUAUAGUAGUAGAUCAAAACAAAGCAGAAGAGGAUAG